AGAGGAGGAGGAGGAGGCGAGAGAAAGCAUCAGCACAGUCCACCCAGUCUCUCUUCGUUCCUCAUACACUCCCAGUCUGCAUGGAACAACCUUUCCUUCAUUGCUCCUAAAUGGACAUUUCUGAGGCAAUGUUUCACCAGUGAAGGCAGCCGCUGUCUCUCCAUUCCACAAGCUCCUACAUGCUGGAUUUUAUGAAAAGUGAGGAGAGGAGAGGAACUGGGGGAGAUCUCUGAAUAUGAGUGAGGAAGCUAAGGAGAAAGCAGGCAGCGGGAAAACAGCCCAUCGCAAGAAGAAAGGCAAGAAGUCUGAUAAUAAUGCCAGUUACCUGCGAGCUGCCCGGGCAGGGAACCUUGAAAAGGUUCUUGACUACCUCAAGUCUGGAGUUGAGAUAAACAUUUGCAAUCAGAAUGGUCUGAAUGCUCUUCAUCUGGCCUCUAAAGAGGGGCAUGUGGAGGUUGUUGCUGAGUUAUUAAAGCUUGGAGCCACUGUGGAUGCAGCCACAAAGAAAGGAAACACUGCUCUGCACAUAGCCUCACUGGCUGGCCAGACGGAAGUCGUCAAAGAGCUGGUCACUAAUGGAGCCAAUGUCAACGCACAGUCCCAGAAUGGCUUCACACCUCUGUACAUGGCAGCCCAGGAGAAUCACCUGGAGGUGGUACGGUUCCUUCUGGAGAACAGCGCCAGUCAGAGUAUAGCCACAGAGGAUGGCUUCACCCCUUUGGCAGUGGCCCUCCAGCAGGGCCAUGACCAGGUGGUCUCCCUGCUACUGGAGAACGAUACAAAGGGCAAGGUACGCCUGCCUGCCCUGCACAUCGCUGCACGCAAGGACGACACCAAGGCCGCGGCCCUGCUCCUGCAGAACGACCACAAUGCAGACGUCGAGUCCAAGAGUGGUUUUACCCCCCUCCACAUCGCAGCUCAUUAUGGGAACAUUAACGUGGCCACACUACUGCUGAACCGAGGGGCUGCAGUGGACUUCAUGGCUCGGAAUGACAUCACACCACUUCAUGUGGCAGCAAAAAGGGGCAACAGCAACAUGGUCAAGCUCCUGCUGGACAGAGGGUCCAAAAUUGAUGCAAAAACAAAGGAUGGUCUGACACCUCUUCAUUGUGGGGCCAGAAGCGGGCACGAACAGGUGGUAGAGAUCCUGUUGGACCGAGGAGCUCCUAUCCUGUCUAAAACCAAGAACGGCCUGUCGCCGCUCCACAUGGCCACUCAGGGGGACCACCUGAACUGUGUCCAGCUCCUGCUCCAACAUGAUGUGCCGGUAGACGAUAUCACCAAUGACUACCUGACGGCGCUGCAUGUUGCUGCACACUGCGGUCACUACAAGGUGGCCAAGCUCAUUGUGGACAAGAAGGCUAACCCAAAUGCAAAAGCUCUGAAUGGUUUCACUCCGCUUCAUAUUGCUUGCAAGAAGAACAGAGUCAAAGUGAUGGAGCUUUUGCUUAAACACGGCGCUUCCAUCCAGGCUGUCACAGAGUCUGGCUUAACGCCUAUUCAUGUGGCAGCCUUCAUGGGACAUGAGAACAUUGUCAAUGCAUUGAUACACCAUGGUGCAUCACCCAACACCACCAAUGUUCGAGGGGAGACAGCUCUCCACAUGGCAGCCAGGGCAGGCCAGGCAGAUGUAGUCCGAUACCUCCUGAAGAACGGAGCCAAGGUGGAGACCAAGUCCAAGGAUGAUCAGACAGCGUUGCACAUCUCCAGUCGGCUGGGGAAAGUUGACAUCGUCCAACAGCUGCUGCAUUGCGGUGCUUCUGCUAACGCUGCCACCACGUCAGGAUACACCCCCCUACACCUGGCUGCCCGAGAAGGACACCAAGAUGUUGCCGCCAUGCUUCUGGAGAAUGGAGCCUCGCUCUCAUCCUCCACUAAGAAAGGGUUCAGUCCGUUGCAUGUGGCUGCAAAGUACGGCAAGAUGGAGGUGGCCAAUUUGCUCUUGCAAAAGAGAGCCCCACCUGAUGCUGCCGGAAAGAGUGGGCUAACUCCACUGCAUGUAGCUGCUCACUACGAUAAUCAGAGAGUGGCACUGCUGCUGCUGGAUCAGGGAGCUUCCCCACAUGCUGCCGCCAAGAAUGGCUACACACCACUCCAUAUUGCUGCCAAAAAGAACCAAAUGGAGAUUGGGACCACACUGCUGGAGUACGGUGCCGACACCAAUGCAGUGACAAGGCAAGGCAUCAGCCCCAUUCACCUGGCAGCACAGGAGGGCAGCGUGGACUUGGUGUCCCUGCUGCUGGCCAAGAACGCCAACGUCAAUGUGUGCAAUAAGAGCGGACUUACACCACUGCACUUAGCAGCUCAGGAAGACAAGGUCAAUGUUGCACAGGUCCUUCUGAACAACGGGGCUGAUGCCAGCCCACAAACAAAGAUGGGUUACACUCCACUCCAUGUGGCUUGUCACUAUGGUAAUGUAAAGAUGGCAAGCUUCCUGUUGCAGAACCAUGCCAGAGUGAAUGGCAAAACCAAGAAUGGUUACACUCCUCUACACCAAGCAGCUCAGCAGGGCCACACCCACAUCAUCAACCUGCUGCUUCAGCAUGGAGCCUCAGCCAAUGAGCUCACCGUGAAUGGGAACACUGCCUUAUCCAUCGCCCAUCGUCUUGGUUACAUCUCUGUGGUGGAUACUCUGAGACCCAUGACGGACGAAAACCUGACUGCCAUGAGUGCAUCAGAAAAACACAAAAUCAACGUCCCAGAGACCAUGAAUGAGUUCCUUGACAUGUCAGACGAUGAAGGUGAGGAUGCGAUGACCGGUGACACGGACAAAUACCUGCGGCCUCAGGACCUUAAAGAGCUGGGGGAUGACUCCCUCCCUCAGGAAGGCUACAUGGGUUUCAGCAUAGGAGCCCGCUCAGCCAGCCUCCGCUCCUUCAGUUCGGAUAGGUCCAACACACUCAACCGGAGCUCCUAUGCACGAGACAGUAUGAUGAUUGAGGAGAUUCUGGCCCCAACAAAAGACACGCAUCUUGCUGUGACCAGAGACUACAGUUCGGAGUGUAUGCGGCGCUACAGCUGGACUCCAGACACCAUGGACCACAGCCACAACACUGUGUCCAGCCCCAUUCACUCCGGCCUCUCCUCCCCGCUCCCUCAGUAUGACUCCAGGUUCCUUGUCAGCUUCAUGGUGGAUGCCCGUGGUGGCUCCAUGAGAGGCAGCCGCCACAACGGCAUGCGCAUCAUCAUUCCUCCCAGGAAGUGCACUGCGCCCACACGCAUUACCUGUCGCUUGGCCAAAAGGCACAAGCUGGCUUAUCCCCCACCUAUGGUGGAGGGGGAGGGCCUUGUCAGCCGGCUGGUGGAGGUCGGACCUGCUGGCGCUCAGUUCCUUGGUCCUGUGAUUGUUGAGAUUCCUCAUUUUGGUUCAAUGCGAGGGAAAGAAAGGGAGUUGAUUGUGUUGAGGAGUGAUAAUGGUGACACCUGGAAAGAGCACCAGUUUGAUGCCAGACCAGAGGACCUCACUGAGCUGCUUGUUGGAAUGGAUGAAGAGCUGGACAGUCCUGCUGAGUUGGAAAAGAAGCGCAUUUGCCGCAUCGUCACCAGAGAUUUUCCACAGUAUUUUGCUGUAGUGUCAAGGAUCACGCAGGAGUCUAAUCACAUGGGUCCUGACGGAGGCAUACUGUCCUGCAGCACUGUAUCCAUGGUCCAGGCCUCAUUCCCACAGGGGGCUCUCACCAAAAGAAUUCGAGUUGGCCUGCAGGCCCAGCCUGUACCAGAUGAAAUGGUGAGGGCGGUCCUCGGAAACAGGGCCACCUUCAGCCCAAUCGUCACAGUAGAGCCCCGGAGGAGAAAGUUUCACAAGCCGAUCACCAUGACGAUCCCCGUUCCACCUAGAUCGGCAGAAGGCCAUCCCAGCGGUCACCGAGGCGACUCUGCACCAUGCCUGCGUCUGCUCUGCAGCAUCACAGGAGGAACCUCACCUGCACAGUGGGAGGACAUCACAGGAACCACACCUCUGUCCUUUGUAACAGACUGUGUCUCCUUCACCACAAAUGUGUCGGCCAGGUUCUGGCUCGCAGACUGUCACCAGAUUCCUGAGACGGUGAGUCUAGCGUCUCAGUUAUACCGGGAGCUGAUCUGCGUGCCGUACCUGGCCAAGUUUGUGGUGUUCGCCAAGAUGAAUGACGCCAUUGAGGCUCGGCUGCGCUGCUUUUGCAUGACAGACGACAAGGUGGACAAAACCCUGGAGCAGCAAGAAAACUUUGAGGAAGUGGCCCGGAGCAAAGAUAUUGAGGUUCUUGAGGGCAAACCUAUCCAUGUGGAUUGCUAUGGCAACCUGUCACCCCUCACUAAAAGUGGGCAGCAACUGGUUUUUAACUUCUACUCCUUCAAGGAAAACAGACUUCCAUUCAAUGUGAAGAUCAGAGAUAUGGGUCAGGAGCCAUGUGGCCGUCUCUCCUUCCUGAGAGAGCCCAAAUCCACAAAAGGCCUUCCACAGACUGCAAUAUGCAAUUUGAAUAUUACACUGCCAACCCACAAGAAGGAUAUGGAGUCUGAUCCUGAUGAUGAGACUGAAAAGCCAGAGAGACGUCAUACCUUUGCCUCCUUAGCUUUGCGUAAGCGCUACAGCUAUUUGACCGACCCAGCAGCGAGUCCUCAGAGUCCAUGUGAGCGAACAGACUUGCGCAUGGCUAUUGUUGCAGAUCACCUGGGUCUGAGCUGGACAGAGCUGGCUCGGGAGAUGAACUUCACUGUGGAUGAGAUCAACCACAUCAGACUAGAGAACCCUAACUCUCUCACAGCACAGAGCUUCAUGCUUCUUAAGAAAUGGGUCAGUCGGGAAGGAAAAAAUGCUACAACGGAUGCCUUAACUGCAGUGCUAACCAAAGUCAAUCGGAUGGAUAUUGUGACUUUACUGGAGGGCCCAAUAUUUGACUAUGGUAACAUUUCAGGCACAAGAUGUUUUGCCGAUGAUAACGCUGUUUUCCGGGAUCAGGCUGAUGAUUAUCAGAGCAUUCUAGCGGAGCUGCAGUCCCCCGCUGCACUGCGCUCCAGCCCCUACUUCCUGGAGCCUGAACUCCCCAUCACUCCCAACCCUUCCCUAGCCCACCAUCAGCAGCACCAUUACCCAGAACCAAACACCCCUUUCCAGGCUGACACCCAGCCUCAGCCCUCGCCUUGGAGUCCGGAGAUAGAGCCCAGUAACAAAGACCCAGACAGCCCCCCUAAAAGCCCCCCGAGACCAUGUGAGCUUGCCCUGUCCAUCUCUGCCUUUGAACUCCCUGAUCCUCUUCCCCCUAAGGUCAGAAAGCCUCACAUUGCUCUGAACGACCAGCUGCUUUUAAGCGAGGAGGAGGACAAGUCUGUUCAAGAAAUGGAGCCCACCCACAAGUCCAGGUCACACACCUUUCCAGCAAUGUGUGAAUUAGACAUUGACAUGGCAUACUCCACAUCUUCCCCUUCACUCUCAUCGGUGUCAUCAAUAACCCCAUCAUCACCUGAAAGAGUACAUGUGGGAGAUGGAGGAAUACAGAUAGAAGGUCUCAAUGGGGUUCAAGAGGAUGCAGGUUUGAAAGGAAGUGAAAAGGUAGUGACAGAAGAAAUACAGAAAGUUGUUGAGAUGGUUGCAGCAGAGUUAUCUGAGGGAAAUGGAUUAGUGGAAAAGUGGGUAGAGCAGGACUUGAUAAAGAAUGUGGAAAGAAAGUGUGAGAUGAUUAUAAAAGACAGGUCUAAGCUGGCAGAGAAAAAUAUGUUGGUGGAACAGAAGAAAGAGUUUGUAGAAGAAGACAAAGAUGUGAUAGAUGAGCAGUGUGACAUUAGUCAGGGUGGAUCUAAAAGGGCAGCAUGUGAGGAAGAGGAAGGUAAAGAUAUGCAGAUUGUCUCAAAAGAGCACCAGAGUCUGACAGAAACUGGACCUGAAGUAGAAAAAGGUGCAGAAGACACAGAGACUUUCAAAGAGGGUGUUGAUCAAACACUCGAGUUUCAAAACGUUGAUAGGAACUGUGGGGAAAUGGUCCAAAAAGGAGACAGAAUGGAUGACACUGUUGAAGAACUGAAGUUUAAAGAUGAAAAAGAUAUUUGUGUGACCUCAGAAGUGGACCUGGCAGCUGAGGACCAGACCGUACCUGACCUCUCCCCUCAGGCUUGGGUGGAGGCACUUGGGCAACUCCAGCCCAGUGAGUCUGGAUCCAAUGAGGACGAAGAGGAGGAGGGAGGCAAAGAAAUCCCAGAUGAGGCAUUAGGAACCUUGUUGGAGGAAAUGAGGAAAGAAGAAGGCUCAGAGGAAAAAGAGGAGGAGGAAGAGAAGACUGAAUCCAGGGAUCAGGAGAGUCCUGAACAGGUUGAACAAGCAGAAAAAGACCUGUGUUCACUUUCAGGUUGGCACAGCGAUUCAUCCAGUGUCAAUGUGGAGCCACCAACGCCAGGCCGCAGUGUUAGCUCAGACCUGCUCGACAGACGGGAAAGCCAAGAGAACUCUAGUGACUCCAUCACUUCCUCGUCGAGAGGUGAAUCAGGAAGGUCGCGACAGAACGGCGAUAACUCAAAGCACUCACCUCAGGACGGCUCAUCUGAAUCAUCAAAUGGCAAGAAGGAAGAGGGAGCACUAGUGUCGGAGAAAAAAGUCCAGCGGGUUAGUGUAGAUUCCGGAUCAGAGGAAGAACAGACCGUAACCACCAGAAUCUUCACACGUCGUCUCAUUUUAAAGGGAGAAGAAGCAAAGAAUAUCCCAAGCGAGUCUGUGACAGAGGAACACUACAUGGACCAAGAUGGUAACCUCGUCAGUAGAAAAGUAAUGUGCAGCUUUAUACCUGUGUCUCAUUUCAGCCUGAAAUAUCACAAGGAGAGAGGGUUAAUUAUUUUUGUAAAAGCAGACACCUUCAGAUCUUUUCUCCCUCUGUCAACAUCCUUCUACCUCGGGCAGGUGAUCAGGAAGGUUAUUCGACGUGUAUCAACUCCUACACCAGAAAACCAAGGAGGUGACGGGUGGCUCAGGGACCUUCAGCACUCCCCCAUUAUGCAAGAAUAUGGGUCAGAGCAAGGAGACUUGUCCAGGAAAAGCCGGCGAAAGGAUGACAGAAGAUCAGGGGAUAAAAAGCACCACUCGUAGGGAUGGCUGCGCUCUAGCAGGUUUACAAGAACCAAGUUAGAUAUGUCCUGGGAACAAGCAUUCUAAGGGCUGAUGAGUUCCAGUGUUUGCGGUUAAGGCAAAGGUCCAGUGUGCAACUUUCUGCUUCACAAAAACAAAGGUUUUCACAUGAGAGGAGUCAACCCUUCUGACCUUCGCAUGAGCAUGAAAAACUCCCUCCUGGUCAAUCAAAGAACCGGGAGGUUCUCACUCUCUGACUGUGGUGGACCAGUGGACAGUGAUUCUGCUUCCUGUUUUGUGUGAAACAAUACGUGCCAUGGGUCCACUGGUGGGUUGAGAUCUUUUUUGUUUUAUUUUUUUUCUGGGGAGUUUGUUAUAAUGGCAAAGACUCCACACAGGUGCAACUGUGACCAAAGAUGGCACAAGAGCUCAAUCCACAUGCUGGGUGGAAAGAAUGAAGUAGACACAGUAACACAAAAACAUCAAAUGGAACACUUCUGACCCAACUUCAACACUCGCCUUAUAGUUUUUUUCUUGAACCCAUUGCUGUCAGGAUGUAAAUUGUUUUUGGGAUAUUUUUCCUUCCUUUUUAAAAACUUAACUAAAACAAAAGCUUUUUUUCUGUAUAUAAAACUACAGUGUGUAUAAUUCUUAAGAAAGGGGAUGCUACUGGUGAGAAUGCACUGAGGAAAAGGAUCUUUUCAAAUGCUUUCGUAAUUUACUGAAACAGUUCCACGUUCAAAGAUUUGCGUGAAACUUCACAAGUUCUUGUAUUAUUAAUUAUUAGAGCAGGUAUAAUGUUUGUAUAAGAAAAAAGCAGGUUUGAUUUUCACAAGAAAUUUCCAGGAAAAAAAAAUCACAAUUCCCAAAGUGGGAAUUGAGCUAAUCCUGCAAAAAAAAAACAGCCUUUCAGAGUACUCAUAUUUUCAUGCAUGCUGUUCACAUUAUUUUAAGUACAAUUUUUACAAGUUUGCAAACACUGUAUUCAAUGAGAAAUAAAACCCUUUAUUUAUACACAUAUAUCCCCAAACAUUUGUCACCGUUUUUAUAUUUUGAAUUGAAAAAGGACUCCAUUAAAGCAUUUAUCAUGCUGGGGUGAGAAUGAAAAAAGUUCUAUAGCUUGUGGAGGAUGUAAUGUCUUGUCUGUCUGUGUUAAGUCUUGGAGGGCAGCUUCUGCUACAAGGAUGAAGUGAUCUGAAUGUAAAUGCUAGUAGGCUGGCUCGCUGUAAAAUUAUAAUUGUACUGUGUGUAUUGGCUAUUAAGGUGUAGGAGUCUGUGUACACUGUUAGACUGUUUGUAGUCAUUUUAGCAGUGUGUCAAUUUGGUUUUCUAACGGCUGCUGUGGUAUUAAAGGAAAAACGGGGGCAUUUCACUUUGGGUUUUUUGGUGAAGUAUCUACUUAAUUUAAAGCCUACUCACAUUAAGGUCACAUAAAGACAUUAUUUGAUUGUAGCUCUAAAUAGCAUAAUGUAUGACAAAACACUGGAUGGUCAAAAUAAUAAUUUAAGCAUUAAAUAAAUUGUGUUUUAACUCUGAAACUGUGUGAUCUCUUUAGGCUUGAGAGUCUGUAUAUGCAGUGUCAAAUAGAAUUGUUUUCACUAGCUCACUCAUUUUUUUUUACUUUGCAUUAGGAAUUAUCUUUGUAUUGGUUUUCAUUAGAUGCCCAUGUAGUUCAAGUGUGGUGUUCUACUGAAGCAAUGGCUCAGUCUGCUGAUGUCUAUGCUGUGGACAUGAAAACUAUGUAUUUUUCUUUUCUUUUUUUGGGGGGGGGUUAACGGAAGUCAGUUAGGGUGCUAAAUCACAUCCCCUUCUACGACUAUGUCAAUCAGGGGGUAGAGGAUCCUUUGAUAUGGUUGAACUAUCAAUUUUUGUCAAUUUUGUUUGAUAUGUGUUUUCACCUGAGCAGAUUUUUUGAUGUACAAUUCUUACUAACAGAGUGAAGCCAUUGAAAUGUAACUAUUCUAGCACUUUGGUUAUUCAAGGUCUUUUAGGGGCUAUAGCAGCAAUGAUGCCACCACAAAUGUUUCAGACAUCUUUAAAAUAAAUCUUAUUAAAAAUAAAAAAAAAUAAAUAAAAAUGCAAUGA